AGGUUGAAUCCGGAUUAGUCACCUCUACUUACAAAUUGCUCACACCUACAGUAUUGAUCCUGCGAUUCGCAUCUGAGUGAGAAGAAGAAGAGAGCCAUGGCAAUGAUCAGAUCUAUCGCGAUGGCAAUGUUGCUCGUCACUCUAGUUUCAUCCAUUUCUAUGGUUUCGUCCGCUUCAUCCCCAGAAGCCGACUUUGUUCAGAAGACCAUCUCUUCCCACAAGAUCGUCAUCUUCUCCAAAUCCUACUGCCCGUAUUGCAGGAGAGCAAAAUCUGUGUUCAAGGAGCUAGAUCAGGUUCCUCAUGUUGUAGAGCUUGACGAAAGAGAAGAUGGUUGGAGCAUCCAGAGUGCACUUGGAGAGAUUGUUGGAAGGCGAACAGUACCACAGGUUUUCAUCAACGGAAAGCACAUCGGAGGAUCAGACGAUACUGUAGAUGCACAUGAGAGCGGGGAACUAGCCAAGCUUCUUGGUGUUUCCGGAAACACAAGAGCUGAACUAUAAGUUGCAUAUUGUUGGAAGAAUUGCGAACACUGUCUUUAUUAUGUUCAGGUGUAAACAAUUCAAUUUUUCCAGUUGUAUGAGAUUUGUAGUGGGUUCCGCAGAUUAUAAACAGCUUGAUCAUAGCCUUGUGCAACAUAUCUUAUCAUAGACUACAAAUUGAGUUAUACAA